GGGCUGAGUACUGGCCACGGUGGAAAUUCGCUGGGGGCUCCUGCAAAAAUAACCAGAGGUCAACUCGGACUUUGUGCACAGGGCAUGGCGCCAGGGCCCUGCUGGGAAGUGCAGAGUCGAGGUCAGAUUUCCAGGUCCCAUCACUGUCACUGCCGCCGCCAUGCUGCCUCCUGGGACUGCACUCUUGACUCUGCUCCUGGCUGCGGGCUCCCUGGGUCGGAGGGCUCGGGGACCCCCUCAGCUCCUGUCCCCCAUCAACACCAUCCAGCCCAAGGCCAACUUCAAUGCUGAGCAGUUUGCAGGGACAUGGCUCCUGGCAGCUGUGGCCUCCUCGUGUCGCUCUCUGCAGGAGCAGGGCCACCGGCCUGAGGCCACCACCCUGCGUGUGGCUCCCCAGGACACAGCCAUGGCUGUCAACACCUUCCGAAAGCUGGAUGGUAUCUGCUGGCAAGUGCAACAGCUCUAUAGAGGCACGCAGGUCCCAGGCCGCUUCCUGCUCCAAGCUCGAGGUGCCAGGGGGCCGGUGGACGUGGUCAUUGGGGAGACCGACUAUCAGGGUUUCGCCAUCCUGUACCUGGAGCGGGCACGGCGGCUGUCAGUGAAGCUGUAUGUCCGCUCGCUGCCCGUGAGCGACUUGGUCCUGAGCACAUUUGAGCAGUCAGUGCAGCGGGCCAACCUGACUGAGGACCACAUCUACUUUUUCCCCAAGUACGGUUUCUGUGAGGCCGCUGACCAGUUCCACCUCCUGGAUGAGGUGAGGAGGUGAGGCCCUCGGCAGCCCCACACCGAGAAGGAGUGAAGAUCCCUCACAAGCUUGGCACCCCCUCGGGCCAGGGCCACUCACAGGGACUCUCCCCCACCUGCCCCCAAAGCUGGCCCUCGUCCCCAGGACCAGGACGCUGCCCCCAUUAAAUGCUGUCGUUUUCA